GUGUGUUCUUUUUGUUGCUUAUAUUUACCCGAGCCCAAUAGCGUUCUUAUUCUGCAAAGCAGUGCAUUCUGUCCAGAGGCACGAGGACAGUUGAAGUUGAAGUAGUACACUUGAAAUGGAGACGAAUUCGAAUGCUUCACAACCAGAAAUGGUGUUAGAAACCCUAAGAAGAAGAGGUUGGUUUUUGGAAGACACAGACCAAUUGAAGGCCAUCAUCGUUAUUCAAUCCGCACUAGCCGAGGACCGUUCUAAGGUGGCAGAUUCUGUGGAGUUGGAGCUCCUCAAUUCGGAUAUUCGAUCGUUCGGAUCCAAGUCGUUGCCCGAACCGUCUCUUCUUCGCAACCCUUCUUCCUAUCUUCACGGCCCCAAAGUCCUUCAGAUAUCUUCAGUGAAGGAUAUAUCUCAGGGCAGUGUGGAUGACAUUUCAAGAAAUUCAGGUGCUCGAAGACUUCUUAGAUUAUGUCUCACUGAUGGUCACUCCGAGAUAACUGCUGUAGAAUAUUCUCACAUUCCAUUUAUGCCCGAUAAUGUGGUUCCGGGUACUAAGAUCCGUCUGGAAAGUAAAGUUGUAGUUCAUAAUGGUAUAGUUUGCUUAAAUCCUAAAGUAUUGACUGUAUUGGGAGGUGUUGUUCAAUCACUCUAUGAAGAAUGGCAGAUGAACAAAAAAUAUUCAGGAUUCUCCCGAUCUUCUUUAAGACAGCGAGAGGAUGGUGAUACAGGUGGUCCUCCUCCAUUUGUAAAGCUCCAGGUUGGAUCUUCCUCAGGUUAUGCAGAUUAUAACUCUAGAAGUAGUAAGCCCAUUUCUGUGGUUAGUGAAGCUGAGAUGAGGCCAACUGGUAUUCAGCAAAACUCUAAUCAGAAUGUAGAUAUUUUGGAUGUAAAUCUAAAAUCCAAUUUGCCAGCAGAAAAAGCUGAAGAUAAGCCUAGUAGUUCAGUUGCAAGGCCAAAAGAAGUUGUUGAAUCUGUUCCCGUGCAAAAUCAAGCGGCUGCCCAAAAAUUACUUCAGAAACUGAAUCACCCAAAUCAGGAUAAUAGGCAUCCUAGAGGUCGGAAACAUAGGGGUAAGGGGAAAGAAGAAGAUCCUGUUGUAUUUACUCUUGAAGAAUACGAAAAUAGAAAGGCCCAGGCAAAGCCAUCUAAUAAAGAAAGGGUUCUAGAUACUACCCGUGAUGAGAAUCUUGCUUGGCAGCUUCAGAAUCAAUUCAACCUUGAAGAUCGGGCACAAAUGGGCUCUCAUGAGGCGAAGGCACGAGAUAUUAGGAUGAGUAUGUUCACAUAUGAAAGGGAUUCUGAUGGCAGCCAUCACAUGGCACAAAGAGGAAGAGGUAGAGGAAGGGGAAGAGGGAGGGGGAGGGGAAGAUAUGGUUAAAUAUCUUGCUUUCUUGUGCCUUGGAUAUUUUUGUUCUUCCUUUCUUUUUCAUUUAGAUUAAUCAGUGAAUUUUUGUCCCCCUCUUUUAUAUAUAUAUAUAUAUAUAUAUAUAUAUAUAUAUAUAUGGGUUAA